CUCUGGCUGUCCUGCGGCUCCGUCCCCGAACAGCGCACCGGGGGUUCUGACCUGUCCAUGGCACCUGCUGCAUGGAUGAAGGAUACACCUGAGACCAAGUGAGGACACCCUGCAGCCCCCGCUUUCACCCCUGAAGGACAGGGUCACACGAAGCAUGGUGAAUUUCCCAGCACACAGUCUGUCUGGUGUGGUCACCUCCUUCCUCUUCAUCCUGCUGACCAUGAAGCAGUCAGAUGACUUUAGAGUGGUGGGUCCCGCGCGUCCCGUCGUGGCCAGGGUCGGGGAAGACGCCCUGCUCACCUGCCGGCUCCUGCCCCGGCGGCCGGCCGCGCGCAUGGACGUGCGGUGGUACCGCGCGGAGGCCGGCGCGCCGGUGCUGGUCCGCCCCGCCGGGGCCGCGCGGCCCGACGUGCAGGCCGAGCACAGGGGCCGGGUGGAGUGGACACAGGACGGCCUUGCUGACGGGCGCGUGGCCCUGAAGAUACACAACAUCCAGCCAUCUGACCACGGUCGAUACUGGUGCCGUUUCCAGGAGGGACACUAUUGCGCAGAAACAAGCUUGCUGCUCUCAGUAGCAGGUCUGGGCUCUGCCCCUGACAUCCACGUGGCCGAAUCUGCGGGAAGCGGAGUCCAGCUUGUGUGCACAGCAAAGGGCUGGUUCCCAGAGCCCCAGGUGUACUGGGAGGACUCCCGGGGAGAGAGGCUGCUGGCCGUGUCUGAGCGUCACAUCCAAGAUGAAGAUGGCCUGUUCCGCGUGGAAGACACGCUUGUGGUCAGGAAUGUCCCUGCAGAGACCGUGUCCUGCAUCGUCCGCAACCCCGUCCUCUCGGAGGAGAGGAGCUCGGCCAUCGCCGUCCCAGAGAAACUGCAGACUGAGCUGGCUUCCUUAAAAGUGAUUGGACCGUCCCAGCCCAUCCUUGUCGGAGUGGGAGAAGACACACAGUUGACCUGUCACCUGUCCCCCAAGGCUAAUGCUCAGAGCAUGGAGGUGAGGUGGGUCCGAUCCCACCGUUACCCUGCUGUGCACGUGCACGCGGAUGGGGGCCCUGUGGCUGGAGAGCAGAUGGCAGAGUACAGAGGGAGGACGGCGCUGGUGAGCGACGCCAUCGACGAGGGCAGACUGACCCUGCAGAUACGCAGCGCCAGGCCUUCGGAUGACGGGCAGUACCGCUGCAUUUUUGAAAAAGAUGGUGUCUACCAGGAGGCCAGUUUGGAUCUAAAGGUGGUAGGUCUGGGUUCCUCCCCGCUCAUCACCUUGGAGGCGGCGCGGGCGGGAGAAGCACAGCUGACCUGCUCCUCGGGUGGGUGGUUCCCGCGGCCCCUCGCUCGGUGGAGGGACGCGGAAGGGAAGACACUGCCACCAUCUUCCGAGAACCUGACUCAAGGCAGCCACGGGCUGUUCCACGUGGAGACAUUUCUGUCCCUCAUGAACAUCACCGCUGCGAAGGUGACUUGUUCCAUCAGCAGCCCCCUUCUGGGUGAGGAGAGAACGGCGACUUUUUCCCUCUCAGAGCCCCAGAUGACUUUUUUGUGCUCCCGCAAAAUACUGCCGAUUUGGGGAUUGCUUCUUGCUGCGGCUGUAGGCCUGAUCAGGAGGAGCCGAGGCAAAGUGAAUGUGACACAGGAUCCAAACACAGGAAACUGAUCCUUCCCAAGGGAAGCGAGGGUGUGUCCCCUGGACGUUCGGCAGCCAGGAAGUUCGUCCCCAAGAGACGUGACUGCUUGCUCUGUGUGCUGGGCCGGGAGGGGCUCAAGGCAGGGAGGCGGCCCUGCGCGGCGGAGGCUGGGCAUGGGGCGGGAUGGGC